UUUGUAAUAGAUGAAAUGGUUACACAAACAGUACAAUGGAAUGUUCUUAUAUCUCACAGAAAAACUGAUUCUUUAUCUUUCCUUCUCCAGCUAAACACGCUUCUAAAUGACGCUGGUGCAGAACCAUUCGAACCCCAGAGCUCUUUCUUCACGAGUUCAGGAAAGCAGGUUAAUGGUGACAUGGAGUACUACUUCCAAGAUGGAGACACCAAAACACCAGUAGCCUUCAAGAAUGAGCUAACACCUGUGUCUGGUUCAGCUGUGGUUCAGACCAGGAUCGUCUUCAAUUCUUCCUCUCCUGUUCCCAGUGAGAGUUUGGUCCUCAGUGCGAUCCAGACUCUUCUCAGUGCUCAACUCACAAACCUCUCUGACUCUGUAAAAGUGCUGAACUUCACCUACGAGAAAAUUUCAAACACCUCCUAUGCAGUCAACUUUACAUUCAGCAUCAGUAACAUCAGCAUGUCUAAGAACCCUAACUUCAGGAACGACACCUACACCCAAGUGGAGAACAUCAUCAAUAACGCUCUAAACACGCUUCUAAAUGACGAUGCUGUAGAACCAUUCAAACCCCAGAGCUCUUUCUUCACGAGUUCAGCAAACCAGGUUAAUGGUGAUAUGGAGUACUACUUCCAAGAUGGAGACACCAAAACACCAGCAGCCUUCCUGGAUGACCUUAAACCUGUAUUGGGGAAUGCCCUGAUACGUAUUCGUCUAGUUUUUAAGAACUUGACCAGAGUACCUAGUGAGGCUGAUGUUCUCAAUGCUGCUAAUGCUCUGCUGGACCCAAAGAUCAGAAGAGCACGAGCUAUUGAUAGACAAACACUGAGUGAUCCUGUGAGCAUACAGAAUGUCAUCUAUGAGAAAAUUGGCAACAACUCCUACAUUAUAAGCUUUGCAUUUAAAAUCAGCAAUGUGACCAUCUCCAAGGACCUUCAGCUGAGGAACGCAACAUAUGAUUUAAUACAAAACACCAUCAACAGCCUGCUGAACACUAUUCUGAAUGUGAAAGAUGCUCCUGCAUUUGUAUUUCCACAAGCAAACUACACGUUUAAUGGUACAGCAAUUGAGGCUAAUUCCGAAUACAUCUUUGUGGAAGGUGAAACCAAGUGGACACCAAGUGGAUUUCUUUCUGCAAUACUCAGCAUUAGUGGAUUGUCGACCUUAACCACUCCUGCUGCUCAAACCAAUCCCCCUGUCCUGAGGCCCACAGUGCAAGCACACAGCAACACCACCACCACUGGAGGAAAUUCUGCAUGGAUCCUGGGAAUCAUUAUCCCCUGCAGUAUAAUCAUUAUUCUCAUACCAUGCUGGAUUCUACUCUGUUGUCUGCUGUGUGGCUGCUGUGCUGGUUUAAGGAGACGCUACAACAGAAGACGGUCCUACAAUGUCCAAUACACAACACGAAAUGGACUCUUUUAAAAACAGUUAGAGGAUAAAAUAAUUUCACAAAAAUAUUAUUUAUAACUAUUAGAGUCUAUUUUAUUAAAUAGUUUAUUUUUUAAAAUCUGUUUCAUUAUGUAGUUUAUUUUUCGUUUGUUUACCUAUUUAAUUAUUUCAUCCAUUUAAUUCUAUUUUAUUUACUCUGUACAUAAUUUUAUUUCAACUACGUACAUAAAAAUGAAGCUACAUAUGGUGUAUUAAAGUGACUUAUUAAACAGGAUCAUGUAUAUAUUCUGUCCAAACUAAUUUUCAGUUAUGUUGUAAUUUAAUUUAUUCAUUAACUUAACUUAUUUAUUAAAGCUAUUUAUAAUAAAGCUUGUCAAAUAAUG